AUGUCAAAGUGGAAACAAGGGAAGAGGAGGAGCUCACGUUUAUCUGGUGUAUUGGAUGCUUGCAAGGCACAGCAAUCACAGAAAAUUGCUUUACAUGAAAACAUCACCAAGGGACCAUAUGAUGAUAAAGCAGCACCCUUCACUGGUUAUACUCCAAUACAAGAUCAACCCUCAAGUAUGCCAGAGAAACCUAUACUAGAGCGUAUUCUUGACAUAUUACAGAGGAGAGACACCUAUGAAAUAUUUGCUGAACCUGUUGACCCUGAAAAGGUUGAGGGUUACUAUGAAAUCAUUAAAGAACCAAUGGAUUUUGGCACAAUGAGAGCUAAACUUCAUGAAGGAAUGUAUACAAGUCUUCAACAAUUUGAGCAUGAUGUAUAUUUAAUUCCUCAAAAUGCAAUGCAUUUUAAUUCGCCAACAACUAUCUACUUCAAACAGGCUCGAGCCAUUUAUGAACUAGCACAAAAGGCUUUCAGUUGUCUCAAAAAUGACCCAAAGAACUUGGAGUCGGAAUUUUCAGAGACAAAACGAAGAACUAACAGAAGGAUCAUGUAUGAAGCUAAAGCUCCAUCAAGUUCUAAGCUUACAACAAAUUUAAGGAGCAAUAUUAAGACCAACUUAUCAUCGAAAAGUAUGUCGUGUUUUCUUGGCAAUUCUGGUGGUUUUGAUUCAAGAGAUUAUGGAAUACACUCUGGUGCUAUAAAUUGUAAGAGAAAUAGUUGUGUUGAAGGAGAUAAACGUUGCACAUAUGCACCCUGGACGUCUCUCUUAACUGAGAAUGCUUCCAUUGUUUCCACCGACCCGACACCAUUAGGUCCUGUUAAUCAACAGGAUAUUGGUUACAAAGAUAGCUUGAUGUUGUUUGUUAAAGACUUAGGACCAACAGCCCAAAUGGUUGCCAAGCGGAAGUUGAUGGGAUGCUGGGUUGGUGCUUUGUUUCAGCAACCUGAAUGUGAAUAUCCUAAUGCAUUUGGUUCAACCCAAAAAGGAUUUCCUAGAGCAACUGUAAAUAUAAGCGAUCAUCUUCAUAGUCAUAGGGGUCCUACCAAUUACAAAGGCCAAAUGCGAGGUGAUGAUGAUCCAGUGGACAGGUUAAAUGAGAAACAGUUGGAAUCUUGUCAACUAAAGCUCUCUAUUGGUGGUGGGUUGGAAAGCAGAUGUUAUAGUAAGCAAGCAAAGGUGGAAACAUCGUCAGCUCCUCCAACUCAAAUUGAGGAAAAUAGGUUGGAUUUGAGGAGUAGAAAAGAUGAGGUUGAAGCAAGGAAAGGGUUUAUAUUUGAUUUGCCAUUUCUAAAGAAGCGGCUUCAUGAGAUUAAUUCACUGGGGAAAUAA